CUUUCAUGGUGAUGUCUAAUUCAGUUGGAGAUUAAUAUAAUAUAACAAUGGGUUAGUAAGUUAUGAUAAACAUAUGGUAAUCCUCAUUUUGCCAUUCUUCAAGAUUCAUAUUCAAGUAAGAGUCUAUUCUAAUACUUUCAUCUACUGAUUCCGUAAAAUGCUUCUUAUGUUUUCUUGACAUUGCACACAUUUACACUAACCAAAUUUAGAAAACACAGAAAUGAGGUAUCUACUUCAGGGGAAAGUAACUAACCAUCUAAGACUUCAACGAAACCACCUUCAGUUAAGUUCUCAUAGUUCAUAAAGAUUACAAAUUUUGCUCAUUUUAUUUCAUGAUGAAUAAGUCAAGCUUAUUAGUGUACAGAUUUUCUAGUCAAUAUAUAUAUACGAUUUAUAUAAAAACAAAUUGAAAAAAUCCCUUAGACCUUUAGUUUAGUCCAGAAACUAAACUUGUUUCUAAUUCAAGUAAAAGAAGUACUAACAUAUAUAGGCAUAUCUUGCGCACACUGAAUUUGUACGAUUGUGAUAUCACUCUUUAAUAAGUGGGUAGCCUAGCGAAAUGUUUUAUUAAAAAACUAAAUUAUUCCUUAUGUUUUAUUUAAAAUCAAUAAUGUGUAAAGUAUCGAUACAUACAAUAUCUAUUUCUGUUUAGUUUAGGGAAAUUGGAGUGCAUAUACAUAGCAAAACCAAAAAUCAAGUUUAUAACCACAAUAACUGGCUAUAAUAUUCUUUGUGUAAUAUGUAUAAAGACAAAAAGUGUCAUUCAUUCCACUGUUUCAUUCUCACUCUCACUUACAUCGUUGAUCUCAUUUUUUUUUUCUUUUCCAAAAUUUAUACUGAUCUUUGUUUUUUUUCUUUUAUCUUAUGAUCAUUUACAAAUUUUAUCAAAUUCUUGGAAAAUGAUAAUUCGCAUGACAUGUAAUCAUCUGAUCCAACAAUUGUGGAUGAUCACUUUUUUCAUAUCUUUGUUUGGGUUUACAAUUUUACUAUUUUUCAAUAUAUGUGAAAUGAGAAACAGAAGAUGCGUAUCGGAGAAGAUGAACAAUACACAUAAAAUAGUAUAAUGCAACAUGUAUUGUUACUUCAUCUUCAUGUCUUGUCCUCUUCCUUCUCCUCCUCCUUUUUCUUCUCCUCCUCCUCUUCUUCCAUCCCCAUCAGUUACUACAAAAGAUCCCACAUGUGGCAUUGCCACGUUCAGUUGUUUCAUCACCACCACCAUCUUUUCCUUCUCCACCAUUGCCACACCCGUAAUCUCCUUACCUUUUUCCAACAUAUCUUUUUCUCCUCUUCCACUUUUCGUGGUAGUUCUUCUCCUCCAUCAUUCAUGGCCAGUGCCGGCCCUGACCUAAAGCUGGUAAAGCUAGGGUUUUAGGCGCCAAAUGAGAAUAAGAAAUUAAGGGCAUCCAAUUUAGUAAAACUUGUGUGUAGUCUAAUGGUUGUGCGCUUACUUCCCUUUGUUCAAAGUGCCAGGUUCGACUCCAUGAGGGCGCCAAAUUUAAUUUUGCGUUAGGAGUCAAUAUAUACUGGGUCGGGCCUGUUCAUGGCAACACCUUUCAAUUCCUCUGCAAAUUGUAUUUUUUCAUAGUUUCAUGAUUCUUAACAUUCACCUUUCACAUUCAAAUUUAGUACUUUGUGGUUUAUUCUAUUUGAAAAAUAAAAUAGAACUAUCAUUUUACGAUCUCUCUUUCUGAGUUUAAGAAAAAUGCUUGAAAACUUUUAAUAGAUAUAGUAUAGUUUAAUAUAACAUUCCCAAGCUAUCACAUUAACUUUGACCCCUCAAUUAGUUAGAUAUUACGGGUAUACACAUAAAUGAAAAACUUAUAUGUUUGUGUCGAGUAUUCUAUAAUAUAUCAUAAUCAUAUAUAUUAUAGUCACGCAAUGGAUGAAACUCAACCUCGUAACUAAAUUAAUCUUUUAUAUGACUAUACUAUAUGGUAUGUAGUACAAUAUGACAACUUUAGCUUUGGAGUGUCAAUAUCACGUGCACGCGUUUUAAAAGAGACUUUGAUCAUAUUUGUGCGCAAAUUGUCACAUCCGCUGCUUUUAACUGUAGUAUGAGUAUAUUCUUAAUUGUUUUCUCUCUUAUGAAUAUAGAGCAAAAUCACCCUUGUGUUUAUCAGCAAAAAGUAAUAUGGUUACUUUAUAAAACCGACAAAAUCAAGUUAUUUAAAGUACUUGUUUUGCUAAUUUCGCUACGUUACUAUAUCUAAAUAACCUUAUAUUUUUCCACUAUAUAUUUGUAGCUGUUUAAUAUUGCAAAUCCAUAAUUUUAUACUGGAUUGGAAUGCGUUCACACUGGUCAAUUACUUAAUAGUGACAUUUUUUAUAUUUCCCAAUCACAGAUGACCUUACCCACUUAUCUAUCUCUCUUUUGUUAUGAGCAAAAUCUCACUUCUCUCUCUCGGUCUGCUGAUCUUACCAUCCUUUGUGCCAAAAAGAGAAGGGUCUCUCAAGAGACAAGUGUUAGGAUUACAAAGACAACACCAGCUUCCCUCUUCUCGACACGACCCUCUGUUACGUCUGCGCCAGCUAUGUCCUCUCCUUGCCAGUUGCCACGUUUUAAUACUCCCUUCUACUAUAUAUACACACACUUACAUUUCCUCAUGUCUUGCCUAGUCACUCACCAAAAGUCGUCAAAUAACAACUCCUUCGAGCUGUCAACAUCAGCAUAUGUCAUCCAUAGAAUCAAACGUAAUGAUGGUUGGUGCAAAUAAGAAACAACGAACGGUCCAAGCUAGUUCAAGGAAAGGCUGUAUGAGAGGAAAAGGUGGACCUGAUAACGCGUCUUGCACAUACAAAGGCGUUAGACAACGCACUUGGGGCAAAUGGGUCGCUGAGAUCCGUGAGCCUAACCGAGGAGCUCGUCUUUGGCUCGGCACUUUCGACACCUCCCGAGAGGCUGCCCUGGCUUAUGACUCCGCAGCUCGUAAGCUCUAUGGGCCUGAGGCUCACCUCAAUAUCCCUCAUGAGCCCGUAAGAAGUUACCCCGAAACGACACAAACGCCAAGCAGCAACUCGGGUGGAAAAAGCGACUGCUGGGUCAACAAGGAGUCGCCUUGUUCAUCUAACGAGAUGUCAUCGUGGGGAACAAGAGAGGAGAUAUCAUGGGAAAAUAUGAACGCUGAUUUGCCGGUAACGGAUGAUUCUUCUAUAUGGGAAGAAGCUACAAUGUCGUUAGGGUUUCCGUGGGUUCAUGAAGGAGAUGAUAAUUUUUCUGCGUUUAAUACUUGUAUUUCCGGUGGCUAUUCUAAUUGGGAUUCCUUUAAUUUCCCCACUUUGAGGUUUCACUAAACUCUCUUAAUUAUAAAGACCUUAUCAUAUACAAUAUACAAAAUAUACGUAAAAUAAUCUGUGAUAGGAAUAUGUCUUUAAUAAGCAUACAGCAUGUGUAAAAUAUACAUCAGCUCCGUGUUAUAUAUGUACAUAUACAUGUGGUUGUCU